UGUAGCAGCCUGAUCUCUCACACACCCCUUUCAAACGAGCCGCUGAUCCUCUGCGCUCGUGUAGUUGUCUUGCUGCCGUUCGCCACCCUCCCACCCCGCCUGGUUAUGCCCUGCCUCUUUCCCUCCUCCCUCCCUCCCUGCUAGGUGAAGGUUCCUCCCUUUUUCUGAAUGGCUUGUAAGGAAGCAUGUUCUGCCCCUGCAAGCAUCUAGUCCUGCAAAGCUGACCUUGGCCACAUCCUGCCAGAAGCGUCUGUGUUUUUGGCUUGUGGGGAUCCUGGCUGUUUUUGGGACCUCCUGCUGCCCUGAACCCUCCUGCUCUGGCGGAGGGAGCUGCUGCCAGGCGGCAGAGGAAAACUAGAGAGAGGAAAGGAUCAUGUUUUUGUUCCGAGGUGGAGGCGAGAGGUGACAGAGCUGCUGAAGACAAAUCCCAAAGCGCUGCAAGGAGAUGAAAAGGAAAGAAAAACAGACUGGAUCUCAUCUAAGCUGUGCUUUUGGUUUGGUUUUGAGGCCUUAAUGAAGCAUACCUGGUCUGCCCAAAAAGCGGGAGGCUUUUAAAACUCUUUUAAAGCUUUUUUUGCUUAGACAUCUGUUGCACUGGAAAUGGGCAGACAUACAGGCUCAACACCUUGCCAGUGAGAUGACUGAAAAAAGCUGAGUGCUUUACUUGUACGAUUUUCUUUGCUUUUUGACAAGCGGUACCUUCCAGCAUGCUGCCCUUAAGCCUUCAAAUGUUUUCCAUGUAAGAUUUGCCUGCCUGCCACCCAGAUAGGCAUGUGCCAAUCUUUUGCAAAGAGAUGUUUCCAGCUGCUAAUCCUUUCCUGUCAAUCCCAGGGGGAGAAUCAAUCGUCUCCUAAUUUUAACCAGUACGUGAGGGACCAGGGUGCCAUGACAGACCAGCUGAGUCGGAGGCAGAUCAGGGAGUACCAGCUGUACAGCCGGACCAGUGGGAAGCAUGUCCAGGUGAACGGCAAAAGGAUCAUUGCCACAGCUGAAGAUGGCAACAAGUUCGCAAAGCUGAUUGUUGAAACAGACACCUUUGGGAGCCGAGUGCGCAUCAAAGGAGCAGAGAGUGAGACCUAUAUCUGCAUGAACAAGAAAGGGAAGCUCAUUGGCAAAAUGAAUGGAGAGAGCAAGGACUGCGUCUUCACCGAGAUCGUUCUGGAGAACAACUACACUGCUUUCCAGAAUGCCCGUCACGAGGGCUGGUGCAUGGCCUUCACUCGCAAGGGCCGUCCCCGCAAGGCCUCCCGGAGCCAGCAGAACCAGCGCGAGGCACACUUCAUCAAACGCCUCUACCAAGGCCAGUUGCUGUUUCCCAACAAUCCCCAACGCCAGAAACAGUUUGAGUUCGUAAGUUCUUCCUCCCCAACUCGCAGGACAAAGCGCACCCGCGGACGCCAGGCGCGAGCUUAAAGGCCGGUGCAAGGCUUUGCCUGCCCCUCCUGAACCUCAUGAGUUGGCCUUCCAUCUAUCACUGAAUGCCAGGUGCUGCACAUUCUGCCAUGCACAGACUUCCUGUACAGCAGUGGCAUAGUGGUUAAGAGCAGGUGUACUCUAAUCUGGAGGAACCGGGUUUGAUUCCCCGCUCUGCCACCUGAGCUGUGGAGGCUUAUCUGGGGAAUUCAGAUUAGCUUG